AAAAAUCUUUCAUUUCUUCAUGCAUUGAACCAACAUGACCUGGAUGAGAACUCAGUGGAGUCCAUAGUUGCAGAUAUUGAUAAUGUGCUGAACACAGAUGAAAAUGAUAUUGACGAGGAAACAAUGUCUGCUGACAAUGAUGUGGAGCAUGCUUUACAGUGGUCGGAUAGUCAUCUUAUUGUCUCUGGUGGAGCUACUGCUGCUGUGGCUGGGGUAUCAGCUGCAUGUGGAGGAAGUACAAACACAGGUGUUGAAUGCAGAAUUUCCAAGGGAUCUAAUAAUCUCUCUCAGCCUCCGUCAAGUCAGAAAAAGGAUGAGGAGGCCUCUCUGCUACAAUUUCUAGAACAGCAUUCCUCUGACAAGAGUAAUACUUGGUCGGGUCUGCAGGAAUCUUUAAAUCUACACUUAGGCAGCACAG